AUGGCAGAUUUUCCCUGCGGGGUCGAUUCCCCGGCGAGUCCCACUAAGGUAUUCGAUGAUGCUGCCAUUGGAAUGUUCCCGCCGGACUCAGCUGGCGGGGGAGCUGGUGCGACCAGACGUCCAGAGAAGGCCGCUCGCUCCUGCAUUUUCGUACUUCAAGAGGCCGCAAUGCGCCUCGAAGGCUUCCCAAAUGAUACUACGACCUUCUCAUGUCUUUCUCCAGCCGCUGCGUGUUCAGAAUAUCCAGCAAUCUUCGCACGAGCGCAAAGCCCGGCCAACCCAGCAAAGUUCUAUUCCGCUACAGUGAUGCACAAGACCCAGUCGAGAGGAGAGGAGACCGAGGGUAUCAGCGAGUGGAAGAAGAGAGCCCCCUACCGCGUACACGAGCCCAACGAGCAGUUCGACGUCAAGUACGAAGCCAACUGCCACUGUGGGCGCGUCAAGUACGAACUCAGCCGCAUUGAGCCGCUCGACUCCAAGCUGUGCCACUGCACGACGUGUCAAACGCAGCACGCUGCGCCCUUCCAAUGGGCUGCCAUUUUCCACAAGGAAGACAUCAACUUCACCAAUGGCCACCAUGACCUUGAAUGGUACGAUCCGUCGGACAAGUCAAUAGAGCACAAGCUGCCGUGCAAAGUACGCUGCUCGUUCUGCCACUCGCCCAUCAUGGACGAGGGCCGCAACAUGAUACUUUUGUUUCCAAGCUUGAUCCACCUGAAGACGGAUGAAGACAAGGCAAACUUCAAGCCUCGAUGCCACAUGUUCUACGGACAACGCGUCAUGGACAUUCCGGACGGGUUGCCGAAAUGGGAUGGGCUGUCUCAGGAUAGCAACCUGAUCGAGGACAGCCCGCCGGAUAUGGUGAGGGAGCUGCAGCGCAAGCGUGAGAAGGAGAGAGAGGAGCGGUUCAAGAAGGGCGAGAACAAAUAA